CUCCCCUUUUGGCUCUCUUCCAUUUUGAUCUUCGUAGUUCUUACUCCACUCCCCCGCACCUAAAAAAACUCUCUCACCUCAUUCCCUGUCACUGACACCAUCUCUGCUGGAAUUCAUUUUCAUCAAUCCUAUCAUUCAUUACCCAUCGUUCUUGUUUCCCUUCCCCUUUAACCAUCUGCCCUGGUUAGCUCACCCGAUCUCCAACCCACGAACAAGAAAGAGCUAAAAAAAGGAGAAAGAAGAGAACUUUCCUUGUCAACCAAACUUCCCCAACUUCCCCACCUUUCGUUUUCAUCCACCGGACAACAAACCAAUCAUUGUUACCAAAUUCCCAAUUGGUGUCGAAGCCCAGAGAGAGAGAGAGAGAGAGAGAGAGAGAGAGAGAGCGGCAAGCGCCGGCGCCGGCGGACUUGGGGGGAGCUCUGCUUUUAGUUUGUUUGCUUUUCCCCGACAUUGUUGGCGGGCGGUGAGGAAGAGCCGCUUCUCGUCAUUGGGAGAUUCCGGGGCUUUUCUCGAUUUGAUUGUUUGCUUGCUAAAAGGCGCUACAGUGAUGUAACAGAGUCUUCAGAUUGAUCUUCCGCUUCUUCUGCGGAGUUCCUUUGGUAGGGGAAAGUGAGAGAGAUGGAGUCUAAGAUGGAUCAGUAUGAGAUCAUGGAGCAGAUCGGGCGUGGCGCCUUUGGCGCUGCCAUUCUAGUCAAUCAUAAAGCCGAGAAGAAGAAGUAUGUGUUGAAGAAGAUCCGGCUUGCUCGCCAGACGGAGCGGUGCCGGAGAUCUGCUCACCAGGAAAUGGCACUCAUUGCACGAAUUCAGCACCCUUACAUUGUGGAGUUCAAGGAAGCCUGGGUUGAGAAGGGUUGCUAUGUAUGUAUUGUCACUGGAUACUGUGAAGGUGGAGACAUGGCUGAAUUGAUGAAGAAGAACAACGGUGUUUAUUUUCCUGAGGAGAAACUUUGCAAGUGGUUCACGCAACUGCUCUUGGCUGUUGAUUAUCUUCAUUCUAAAUAUGUCCUCCACCGCGACUUGAAAUGCUCAAAUAUCUUUCUGACUAAAGAUCAGGAUGUUCGCCUCGGGGAUUUUGGACUUGCUAAAACUUUGAAGCAAGAUGACUUGGCUUCAUCGGUGGUUGGAACUCCCAAUUACAUGUGUCCAGAGCUACUUGCAGAUAUUCCAUAUGGCUUCAAAUCAGAUAUUUGGUCUUUAGGAUGCUGUGUAUAUGAGAUGGCUGCUCAUCGCCCUGCUUUCAAAGCUUUUGAUAUGGCAGGGUUGAUAAGCAAGAUCAAUCGUUCUUCAAUUGGUCCUUUGCCGCCUUGCUAUUCUCCAUCCUUGAAAUCACUUAUUAGAUGCAUGCUGAGGAAAAAUCCUGAGCACCGCCCUACUGCAUCUGAGGUCCUAAAGCAUCCAUACUUGCAGCCUUAUGUGGAGCAGUACCGGUCAUCUUUGAGUCCUCCAACUUGCUCUCUCGAGAAGCCUCCUUCAGCUGGUCGUGGUUCAAGGAGAAGCAUGGCUGACAGCCAGAACAGCAACAGCUCUAGUAGUGAUAGAGAUAGUUACCUCUCAAGCGAGAGAAACAUCUCAACUACGGGAGAGAAUAAAGGUACUGACACAGAUCUGGCAUCUAUUGAUGAUGAUAAUGACACUGAACAAACCACGCCAAGUGAAGGAGAUAGCAACCAUACAGUUCAUACUGACAAAGUCAAUGAACGGAAAGUAAUGAAGGUCAACCAUUAUGAGGAUGGACCCAAUGUUGAGUCCAAGCAGCAGCCUAAGACUAUUAAAAGUAUUAUGAUGGCACUGAAAGAAGGCAAGGCUAGAGAAAAUGGGUCUCCACUUAGAGGGGCUCGUGCGAAAGCUACAGGCAUAAUGACAACACCAAGGAAUAAUGCAGAAUCAGUGUCGAAAAUUCCUCGACCCUAUGCUGUUGCUCCGAGUUUUAAGCCUAACGUAGUUGAUGCAUCACCUGUUGCUCAGGCAAAGUUGACAUUCGAUUCUAUUAAGCGGAUUCCAGCAUCAACCCCUUCUAAACACCAGUUACCAAUAAUGGACACAUCGCCGAAGACUAAACCCAGAUACGAUGGCAUUCCGCCAUCUGUCCCCAUAAAGCUUUCUGAUGAUGGACUUGCUGCUAAAUCUAGGCAGAGAACCCCGCCUUCCAACAUUGUUCGGCGGUGUUCAUUCCCUGUACGGACAAGACAAGUUGGAAAUGACGCCCUAACUGAGACUGCUGCCAUGACUAAGUCCCCCGAACUUACUUCUCGUGAAGUUCCCGAUGAGCAGUUCAUGCAUUCUACUAAGGAGAUCAAGCAAGAGACAUUUCAGAAAGCUACAGUUGGGGUUUCGAAAGUGACUCAAACAGAUGGCAGUAAUUCUGUCUCAUCUGUGGUUUCAGCUGAAGCAUCUGAACUUUAUGAUGAUGCAACAACUUCAUUUGAUGACAUGCAGACACCUCCAAAUCAUGAGAUAGAAAGAAGGCCUGGAACUUCAGAUACUCCAGCAUUGAGAGUCUCAUCUUCAUCCUCUUUCCACUCUGAUGCUUCUGAUAAUUUAUCAAAUGGAGAUCAUGGAGAAUAUCCUGGACCCUUGAUUUGCUCGGUUGAACCUAACAGUGUUCAGGAUGCCAAUGCAAAUUCUUUCAAUGGUUCUGGUAACAUGGCAUCAAGUGCAGCGCUUCAUUUAUCGAUUCCAGUUACUGAAGGGAUAACAAUUCAUAAGGAUGAUAUCCCUGAAAGUCAGCCCAGUAGCAGUAGACCUGAUAUGUCACUUGGAUCAAAUGUUAAUUCUCCAUGUAGAGGUGAUGACAAGUUUACUGUGACAGAACUUCUAUCAGUUUCAGAGGCUACUACGUCGACUCUCUCACCAAUUUCAGCCGCUCAAAACUAUUUGCAAUCAGAAAAAGGAACAACGAUUUUGCAAAAUCCACCAGUGGAAAGGGGUUCUGCUGCUGCUGCUGGCUGUCCUCCUUUUGAUGAUGUCAUACAUGUCAUACGUCACAGCAGUUUCCGUGUUGGGAAUGAGCAGCCAGUCAUGGAAACUGUUGAGAUGGGAGUUCAAAAUAUGGACGUUGGGAAGCUCUUAAAUGUUGUGAGAGACGAGCUGGACAUGCGAAAUGUGGGGGCUCCAGUGACACUUAAAUCAGCAGGAGGCUCAGAAGCCUUAAGCUUGAAAUCUAGCCUGUCUACUGAUGAUUCCAGUUUCAAGGAAAUGGAUAUGAAAGCUGCAGCCUCAGUAGUGAAUCAUGAUACUUCUGAACCGGCAAAACCCACCUCCCCUGUCAAAGAAGAAGUGGCGUCACCUACUACUGCACCCAAGGAAAUUCUGGACGUGAAGUCAUUUAGGCAGCGAGCUGAUGCACUUGAAGGGCUUUUGGAAUUGUCUGCUGACUUACUACAGCAGGAUAGGCUGGAGGAGCUGGCAAUCGUUCUCAGGCCAUUUGGAAAAGAUAAGGUCUCACCAAGGGAGACUGCGAUAUGGCUGGCGAAGAGCCUGAAAGGGAUGAUGAUCGACGACAGUGGCCGAAGUUCAUGA